UGUAUACCUGUACCUAUGAAAUAUAUGUUAUAUCCCUUUCCUACCUAGUUGCAAGUCGAAAUGAUGCGUAGGAAAAACGUCAAACUGGCAACAAUACAGUGCUGCUAUCUAUGUUGUCAAUUUUGUUAAGUAGUUUCAAUGGAGAAUAUCUUUGUGAUAAAUAUUUACUGUUAUAGAUCGACAAAUUAAAACUCACGAGUUUUAAAUUAGCGUAGAAAAAGUGUGUUUAAGCGGCGAUAUCAUUGUAAGAGUUAAUUUUAUUAAAUUUCCGUUGUAUUUUUGUUAGACAAAAUUCUGGCGAACGAUACACAGGCCCGCCAUACAUUUUACUCAUGCAAUAGUGAAACGUCAAACCAAAAUGUUAUUCACUUUCCUCUUUUGUGCUAAAAUCAUGAUUUAAUAGAAUAGUCUCGUAGUAAAACAGGCUGUUCCUGUUUUUGUCUUGUGGAAAAUUGAAGUACCAAUAUGUAGCAAGCUAUGUGACAUUCUAUACGAUGUUAUUACCACGUUCAAAAUGUAAAGUAGUGUGGGGGUCGUAAACAUGUAGGUUGUGAAUAAACUUUAUAAGAUGUCGUUGAGAGGCACAAAGCGGGCUAGUGGGGUCCGCAGGGACGAGGCAGGCACUUCCAAGCGCCGAAGAGUGGAGUCUGAAGAUGCACUCUGGCAGCUUCGUCCAGUUAGUGACCUCAAGAUGUCAUCAAUUUACAAUAGAAAUGCCUCUGAGGCACCUGCAGAACUUUUCAGGAAGGAUUUCAUUUCAAUGAUGAAAUUGGCUGAUACCGAGCCACUAACACCAAGCGAUUACUGGCUAAUCACCGACACAUGGAAGCAAGAUUGGGAGAGAGGAGUACAGGUUCCUGUCAAUCCAGAUUCUUUGCCAGCCCCUAAAGUCAAAAUUAUUAAAAAUCCAAAACCACCAAAAUUUGAAGAAUUCAAACUACCUAAGGAUAAAUAUAUUCAUCUUAGUAGAGAUGCUCAUUACCUGCCAGAUAAGCAUGUGCUGAGCACAACACCAUCCCAAGCGGAAUCUGCUUGUAAUUAUGACCUAGAUGCCACUGACAUGGCUUGGCUCAAAUUAUUAAAUGCAGAACGCGCUAGAGCCGGAGCCACAGCAGUAACAGAAGACCAACUUGAAAAAGUAAUAGAAGAACUAGAGGUACGAACAUGGGACAAAAUACAAUCAAUAAUAAAAUCCGAAGAAGGCUUAGGUCUUGAAUAUGAUGAAAAUGUAAUAUGUGAUGUAUGUAGAUCUCCAGACUCUGAAGAUGGAAAUGAGAUGGUGUUUUGUGAUGAGUGUAAUAUAUGUGUCCACCAAGCAUGCUAUGGCAUAACAGUUAUUCCAGAAGGUCAAUGGUUGUGUCGACCCUGCCGCGCAGGUGUUAAACCUAAUUGUGUUUUAUGCCCCAAUGUGAGCGGGGCCAUGAAAUGCACGCCAUCUGGUCAUAAAUGGGCCCAUGUAAGCUGUGUUUUGUGGAUUCCAGAAGUGUCAAUUGGUUGUGCUGAAAAAAUGGAGCCCAUCACUAAAAUAGGUUCCAUUCCUCAGUCAAGGUGGUCUCUAGUUUGUGUUCUGUGCCGUGAAAGAAAAGGGGCUUGUAUACAAUGCUCUGUAAAGACUUGUAAAACGGCUUAUCAUGUUACUUGUGCAUUUAAAUAUGGUUUAGAAAUGCGGGCAAUAAUUGAAGAUGAAAAUGCUGAUGAUGGUGUAAAACUGCGAUCAUAUUGCCAAAAACACAGUGUAAAUUCCAAAAAAGAAAAGUGUCCUGGUUCAGGAGAAGAAGAAGAGGAAGCUAAGAGAAAACGUCGUAAAGAUAUGACUUCAGAAGAAAAGAAUCAAGCUCGAGCGGCGCGGCUUCAAGAAAUUGAGGCAGAGUUUGAUGAACACAUUGGUAUCAAUGAUAUUAGUUCUCAUCUAGAUGUUGAUCAAGAUGCUGUCAGUUAUAUUUAUAAUUAUUGGAAAUUAAAAAGAAGGGCUGGUCAUAACAGACCUUUGCUUCCUCCUAAAUCGGAUAAUAAUGAACUGCUGACACAUAGGCAAGAACAGGCUGAUCUCGAAAAAAUGAAAAAAUUUGUACAACUUCGGCAAGAUUUGGAAAGGGUGCGUAACUUGUGCUAUAUGGUUAGCCGCCGCGAAAAAUUGUCAAGAUCCUACUUCCGAAUGCGCGAGCAAACAUUUCACAAACAAUUAGCUGUCUUAUCAGCGGAUUCAACGAUUCCAACACCGGAACUGACGGCAAUAAUCGAAGCCAAUCAUGGACCCUCUAUAUAUGACAGGUUGUAUUCUGGUCCAAAUGCACCUGACCAUGAAAAUGAUUUUGAUGAUCUUCUAGCCAGAAUAGCUCCACAGGAAUCUAGUGAUGACAAAAAACGGGACCGAAAUGGCUUGGUCCGUGGGUCAAAAUCUUCAAAUCCUUAUAAAAAACUUUAUGUAAAUGGUUCUCGUAGGGGUGGUAUGUAUGCUGGACUUUCUAGUGAAGAAAGUGGUACUGAGAUUGGGCGAUCUUCGAAGUAUCGGGGAAGAACAAUUGGCUCCAGCACUGAUGAGGACGAAACAACACACACUAAAAAACGGGUCAUUGCCAAGAAAAAGAUUUCACCUAAAGGUAAAGGUAAAAAAUCUCCCAAAAAAUGUGAACAAAAGAAGAAGAAAGUGCCACUUUCAAAAGCUAUUGUUGGAAGUAGUUCAGACGAUGAAAAAGUAAAAACUAAAUUAAAUAAAGAUCAAUCUCGUAGUAAAACUCUUCAGCAAUUGGAACAAGAAAUGGCUGCUGGUAGAGGAGACUCUGUUUCAGAUAGUGAUGAUUUAAUUCCAAUUAGAUCUACCCGAAACAACAAGUUCCCAGUUGAUAUUUAUUCUGAUAGUAGUGAAAGUAAUAAAGAGAGCAAGAUAAAGAUUGAAAAAUCUCCGACUGAAAAUGAUUCUAUGCAAUCACUGCCUAGAACAAAAGCAGCUAUGAAGGAAUUCAUCUCUAGUCAACCUGAAAAGAAAUCAACGAAUGCAGAGUCCAAUGAUUCUAAAGCAAGUCCCAAAAAGAGAGGACGGAAACAGAAUAAUAAGGACAAGAAAAACACAAAUAAAUCCAAUGUUUCUGACGAUGAAACAAAAGAGAAUAUCAAGAUUGCUAAACAAAAAGAUAAUCCUACUGAUUUGAUUGUUCCCCAAAGACAAGCAGCUAAAAAGGCCUCAGAAAAUAUGCGGUCAACCACUGCCUCUAAAAAAGAUGAUGCUCCUGUUGAAAAGCAGCAAGUAAGUGGAGAUGAUUCAAAGAAUAAACAAAAAGUAAAGGCUAAGGAAAAAGAAAUGAAAGAUUCAAAACCUGCAAAAAUAAGCAGAAAAAAGUCAUCGAAAGAUCAAAAGGAAACAAUUGCGUAUGUCCCUCAAAGGCAGGCGGCUAAAAAAGCAGCAGCUCAUAUAAAGAGUGGCCUUGGGGCUAAAGCUCCAGUGGUAGAACCAGAUUCUGAUAAAAAGAAAGAAAGUGAAAGAUUGGAAGAAGUAAAGUCACCCAAGAAAGAAGAAACAAAAUCUAAAAUUAUCCAAGAUGAAAGUUCGAGCUCCUCCUCUAAUUCUAGCAGUAGCAGUUACACAUCAUCUUCAAGUUCUGAUGAAAUUCAUGAAAAACCAGGCAUUAAACCUACUGCAAAAGCUCGAGAAAUAAAACCGUUUCCGAGGCAACCAUCGAUGUUUUCGCCACCAGGUUCUAGGCCAACAGUGGAUUUGCCCUUUCUUGACAAGGUAUCAAAACCACUGUCUUCAACUAGUGCCUCUAGUGACUCCGAUAGUUCUAAAGGAUCUAGGUAUUCGAUUACCCGACCUCGGAGACGUCGCAAAGCCAAAACUAUCACAGAUGAAUCCACUCACAAGACCCCAGACAAGAAGCUUAAAACUUCCGAAAGGCGGUCCGACUGUGGGGCUUCAUCGCCGGCUAUUGAAGGAGAGGAAUCUAGUCGAACAAUGGUCGCGGUCCCUACCGUGCGUACUCGGGCCCGAAGCACUGCUGGAAGCGGAAAUAUGUCUGACAAUUCAGAAUCGAGAGCAAGAAAAUCGCCCAGGAUCGUCGACGUUGUCUCUCCCAAACAAGAAGAGGGCAGCAAGUCCGUUGAACUUACUGUUACGCAACGGGAAACGGACGAGAUCAUAAAAGAUGAAGUUGAUGAAAUUAAAGAGGAAAACACUAUUAAAGAUGAGGAUGAGCCUUUUGAUAAAGUCGACACAGAAAAAAUAAUUGAAAUAAUUAAAAGUCCUUCUAGGAGCAAGUCUCCUAAAGAAGAAAUUACCGAAGAACCUGAUUUGCUUGAUAAUAAAGAUAUUGAACUUAAAAGUGAAACUAAGUCACUUGAAAAUGAUACAUCGUUGUCAGUUUCUAACUUAUCACCCAUUAAAGAAAAAAUACAUAUUUCUGAUGACGAAACUAUUAGUACACACCAAAACUGGCUGUCACAAGCUCCCAGUCCUCAUGUUCAUCCUCCUCCUGUCGAAAAACCAGGCGAUCACGAGAAAUAUAUGACAGAAGAUAAAUCUCUAGAUGUUGAUUUUACAGAUAGAAGCAGUAUUAGAAUGAUUGCUAAAAUUCAAGCAAAUCUAAAUGAAAACACAAUGAUUAAAUCACCCAAAACACCUAUGGAUGCAAGAACUCUUACAAUGGAUACUAUUGAUGUUGAGAAUACAUUGACCAGAAAUAAUAGAAAGUCUACUCUUGACAAGAAAUUUAUUGCACAAGACUCGAGUCAUGUCCAAGGGGUUGAAAUAUCAAAAAGUGCUAAAAUUCCAUCUGCUUUAAAUACAUUUCCAAACAGAAAUAUAUAUUCACCUCAACCUAGAGAAAAUGAUCAUUAUGAAAUUGAAGUCUUUCCACCAUAUUCAGAAUUUAUCUUUAAAGAGGAUUCUAAAGAACAAGGUGCUCAAGAAACUUUAAACCUAGUUGACCGUCUAAGAAUGCAAUUAAGUUCAAAGAAAGUGCAACCUGAAAAUUUUGUAUCAGAUGAUGGCUUUACCAAUGAUAAUAAAGAAAUAGAAAUAGAAGUUCCUCCUUUAGGUCUGAGUACACCUAAGAGUGAUCCUGAUAGUCCAGUAAUUUCAUUAGUUGAUGAUGACAAAAGCUCAAUUAAAGACAUACCAUUAAUUCAUCAUGUACCAAACACAAUUGAUCUACUUCAAAAUUUUAAUCAGAACAAACAAAUAUCUCAUUCUAACCAUCACAAUGAAAACAAUAUGGACUAUAUGGAUGAUGAUAAAGAUAUAUCUAUCUUACAGAAUGUUUCACAAUUAGAGGAAAUUGAUAAGAAAUAUGAUGAUACUACUUCUUUUACUGAUGAUAUAAAAGAACCAUCUCUUGCUCAGUCUGACAUUAACUCCAUCUCUGAAGUUGGUGAUUCCAUAUCAAUUUCAAAGCAAAGUGAUGACUCUCAGUCUUUAUCAGUGGUGGACCAUUCUAUUGACAAUGAUUUAACUCAAGACAAUCAUACAUAUGAUAAUAAUAAUUCUGUAAUACAUUCAGAUUGUGCUACAGUGUCAUCUCCUUAUCUUAAUCAUGAAUCUAAGUGGCAAGAGAGCAAGAUAACAACAAGACGUUCUUCAGCAUCUAGCACAAAUUCUGACAGUUCUGUUAAUUCUCAAAAGACCAGUCUUCGUAUAUCAUGCGAUCGCCAUCGAUCGGGUGUUAUGUCAGAAAUGGAACGUUACCCACCUAUACCACCAUAUUCACAUCCCUUAGAUCCUGCUAUGUCUCUGAACCAAUAUGCGAAUUACCCUCAAACUGCGUCUCCAUAUUUGGGUCCUAUGGUGUUGCCUAUAUUUCCUCCAGGAGCAUGCCCAUCAUCACAACUGUCAAUAUCUUCAACUGCUCCAGGCCUUUAUGUUCCAAGCUUAUCUUAUUCAGCUACAUCACUGAUGCCACCCUUACCAAAACCGAUAUUUUCCAAUAUUUGUGCGGCAUUUACGACAUCCUCCCAAAAUAUAGCAUUAACACGAGCAAUGAUAGCAUCACCAACAUCAAAGCCACUUGACUCGCCAUCUGAAGAUAUUGAUGUAACCGGUAGUGACAAGCUAUCGAUUAACGCACCUUCAAGUCCCAGUAUAAGUGUUGAUUCAUUUAAUGAUGGUAGCAAUACCCGAGAGACAAUUAAAGCUGAAAAUACUGAGAGUUCACAACCCCCAGAUUCUAUAUCACCACUGAAAGUUACAAAACAUAAUUCACUAAAGCUAUCCGGGAAGAGUCCUGGUAUAUCGCCAAAACAAGUAGAUGUACCAAAGGGAACUAAAAGACCCAGCAACAGAAGCAAUAGGACACAAAGGGGCCGAGGUCGUUCAAAAAGUCGUGCUCAGGGUUCACAAAACCUUUUUAGCGCCCAUAUGGAAAACUCUAUACAAAGUAAACUUGUUGGUACUGUAUACGACUUUGAAGAAGAGAUAGCCAAUGAUGGUGUUGAUCUGAAAGCAUUAAGAGACCGCCGAAAAUCCAUAGAUGUAAAAGACGAACGCAAAUCGGAGCAUAGUUUUAAAGAAUCAUCGCAAUCACCACAAAUCUCCAGCCCACAAAGUGCAUCCAUCAGUAUCAAAGAAGACAAGGAUUCUCUUAUUCUUGACAUUAAAAAAGACGAAUCUAAUUCGCCCACACAUACGGAUAAUUUGGAACAUGCUAGUUUUUCUCAAGUACAGCCAGUUCUACCUGGACCAGUCGAUAUGCGGACUUACAACGCUUCGGAAAUGCAAUCUCCAGCUGUCAGUGACGUUUACCACAGUCAUUUGUUAGAAUUUGCUAGUGGAACUGCUGAUCAGCAUUUACCUGAUAUUGAUGAGGAAGUAGAAAAGCAAUUGCAUACUGCACUCAAAAUGGCAAGUAACCAAAAAGCAGACGCAGAACUAACCACCCCAAUACCAGACACAAUAAAUAUUCAUCAAGAUUCAUUUAUGCCCCAAUUACCAAAGGUCUCUUUAUCCGAUUCUAGAAAUCAGUUAAAAGUUAAAAUAAAAGGACCCUUCUUAGAUGCAAAUUACUCGGCUAGCUCAGCGACCCCAGUAGCACCAAAACCACCUGUCCCCGUUUACGAUCCCAAUAGUAGUUUCUUGAACUUGUCCACUGGCUCUGUCUCAUCAACUGGCUCUACAAACUUGAGGCGCAUGCGUAAAAAAGAAUUACUGCGGCAAUAUUGGACGCAAGAUAUGAACAUGGAUGAUCCUACUAAUACUACAAGUGUCGGAAUCGUACCUCCACCUGUAGCACCUCAGCCGCUGGCUCGAGCAGUUAUUACGAUACCAAAAGCCGUAGCUUCCAUGACAAGCAUACCGACCAGAGAAGAUUACAAAAUGACCGAAACGGCUGUGGAAAAGAAAAAACGUAAGAGCAGUGCUCUAUCUCGAGAAUUACGGCAGUUAAAUAGCGACAUAGAUUUGUCAGAUAAUGUAAAGUUAUCGAAAUUCGUAGCUGGUCUAGGGCAAUAUCCAAAGAGACGAACGCGAGUGGCUCCUUCGAAACCAAGCCCGCCUUCGCCCAGUGAAAUAUCGCCUGUUGCACCCAAGUUAAAAAUAAAAAUUGGCUCAAACUUAGUGCAACCCGUACCUGAAGAUUCAUCAAGCUGCCAAUUCCGCCCCCCUAAGAAACGACUUCAAUCCCAAAUAAUACCCACACCUAGCAUGGAAGACUUGAAACGUGAAAGCAUGAUAUACCGCCGAAUGGUAAUGGCUGAUUUCGAGGAGGACAAAAAACCCAAAAAGCCAAAAAAAGAUAAGGGCAAGAAGAAAAAGGAUAAAAAACUUUUAGUGGUUAAUAGUGAUAGUGAAAGCACUACUAAGUUAAUUAUAAAAAUUAAGCGCCAAAAAGACGCGGCAGAGGAGAAAUGCGGAGAGAGUGCGGUGCCAGCGGCUCGCGCCGAGCUGCCUGUGGACCCCUUCGACUACGACCCUUCAGCGCCCGACCCACUCGCUAUAGAUACCCCUUUCUGUGAAUCCUCGUCUGCCUUGCGAAGGAUACGAAAUGAAAAAGUGACCCCGAUACGUUUAAAACGUAGUUCGCAAGGUUCCGGUUAUGUAAUGAAAAAGGCGAGGUUGGAAAAAGAGGCCGCCGAAGCCAAUAAGAGUUGUCCAACAUCGGCUGCGCUCCCUUCCGCCACCAUCGAUGGAAACUGUACAGUGAGGUGAUAUAAAAAGUUAAAAACUGGACUAUAAAACGUUUUGAUGUGAGGUGCAUGUAUAUAGUUACAACAUAAAGAUAAUGAUAUCCUUAAGUGUAAAUUAUUUAUUUGUAUAAAUCGAAAGCUCAAUUUACAUCUAAUAUGUAUUACAUAAUACAUUGAAGUAUUUAUGAAUACAAAAAAUGUGACUAUAGGGAUAAAACUUUAAUACAUUAGCUAUAUUACUCGUAAUAAAGAAUCUCACUGUCAUACAAAAUGCAUACUAGUAACUACUAAUAAUUUGAUUAGGUUAUUGUUACUGAUUUUCUGCCAUUGCUUAGAGCAAAAAACAUUUGUACUAGUAAGCUUUAAAAAAUAUUUUUUAUAUUUCCACCUUCUAUUAAAUCAAUUCAGUAAAUUAAACAUUAUUCUUUUACUGUAUUUUUGUGGUCAAUAAAAUUUUAAAAUGGAAUUUUGCUCUUACAUUGAUAUCACAAUGUUAAAGGAUUUUAUUUUGUAAAACUUUAUAAUAAUCUAUUUAUAAACGCACACAUACUGAUUAUAUUUACUCUUUAUAUCAUCUCUUUUAUUAUAUUAAAUGUACAUUUUUUUGCAAGAAAAUUUUAUUUUAUUCACGUUUUAAAUCAACUUAUAUUUCUAACAAUAUUAAUGUUGAAAUUGUUUUCAAAAUUGUAUAGUCAAAAUCCAAAAUAUCAUGAAUCAUUUCGACAUACAAGGCUUGUUUAGGUCUGAAACUCUUAUUCUUUUAAAAAUAUUUAAACCAUGGCAAUUAUGUGUGAGUUUAUAAAAGAAAACUGUAUUUUGUAAAAAUCACAGCCAGCUUAUGAUAGAUUAUUAUUGUAUGCAUAGUAAAAUGUGCAAUAUUUGCCAAUACUCAUCGGAUAGUCAUGUUCUAAUCGACCUCUGUGGCCGGUGUAGGUUUAAGUCCAUAUGUGUUAGUAGUUGCUCUCAUAAAUGUUAUUUUACGAUGUAAAUACAAUUAAUUUUAAAAAAUAAAAUCUCAGUUAAUAGCCCAGAAAAUCACAAUGUAUUCUCUGAAAUGUGGUGUAGUUUUAAGCGUUAUUUAUAUACACACCAAUAUCUUGCAAUUGUAAAAGUACAAUUCAAUAAAUGUCUUUUCCAGUUCAUCAAUGUUUCACAAUAAAUAACUAAAUGUUUUAAAACAAACAGAUCCCAAGAGAAUCAUUAUUUGUAUAUUUUAUUUUGACGUAAUUUCUCAGUUUGUAAAUUAUCUAAAUGUGCAUUUAUUAUUAUUUAAGAUACGUAUUGUAAAAAUAGUUUAAUAUUUUACCAACUAAUGCGAUAUAAUAAACUGUCGACGAUUAGAAUCAGUAUUUAUCACUGUCAUUUCCAUUGUAAUGUGUUUAUAUGUACGUUAGAUGUUGGUAAAGAUGUCAACAACAUUACAUCAAUUCUUCAUAGUAAAUCAAACAUAAAUCUGGUGGGACCUGAUUCGUGUUGUUGCUCAACGGGUAGUCACAAAAUAUCCGUAUAAUCGUUUAGGCGAAAAUUCUCAAAACCUUUCUAAUAUUUUCAAAUAUUUUUUAGUGAAAAUUGAAUUUGAAAACUAUAUUUAAAAAAAGUUCUACAGAUUUAUAAAAUCAAUGUUUGUGUAUAUUUUUUUAAACUAGUCAAUUUGUCUAAGGAUUUUUUGUUAUUCUUUAUUUAUUGUUAUCACCGGUGAUGCUCGUAUUUGAAACUGAAUUUUUAUUAAACGGUUGUAAGUAAUGAAAUACAUGUAAUUCCUCAUUUGGGUUACUUUAUCAAAUAGAUUAAUAAUUUCUAUUAUUUGAAAAUAAUGAUUUGCAUGUUUCUGUUUUUUUUUACAUUUUAAUCUGGGUAUUGCUAUUCGGGCCUGGCCUCGACUGAAAUCCUUAUUGAAUUGAAUAAUGCAAUACCAACAAUCAUCAGAUGUCAUCAUUUUAUAAGAUCAUGAAAUUGACUAUCUUUUAAGAGCAAACAGGAAUCAGAUUCCAGAAAAGGCCUAGUUACGAUGUUUACAUCUUUCGAAAAUUUAUUUUUAAAACCCUGGUAGUGUCAACAAAAUCACAUAAAAAUUGUCUUCCUUUCGUGCAUUUUCUCACCGAUCGGAAAAUAUUUUAAAUAGUUCCACGUUUGCCAAAUUGAUUUUUAUUUGAUUUUUUAUUACUACGCAUGCAGUACGCACAAUCUAUCCAAUGUAAAGAGUAUGUACAACAUGUGGCUUAGUAAAUAUUGUACCAAUUCAAUUAUCAGACAUUGUAAUUAUCGAGCAUUACCUUGUUACUGUGAUUUGUUUUAAUUUAUACAUCAUUUUAAGAUUUUUUUAAUAACAACCGUUGAUAACACUCAGUGACGAAACUGUAAAUACUUUUAAAUAUUUUGAUACAAUAUACAUAAUGUGUACUAGCAUGUUCUGUAACCAUUUUAAUGUAACAAAAUAACGAUUUUGGUACUACUAUUAUAUAUAUUUGGUGUUAUUUAGAGAUGAGCUUUGAGCGUAUGAUUUUAUAUUAUUAACUUACCAAUUUUUAUAUAUUGUAAGUGUUGUUUGGAAUUGUCAUUUACUUUAAAUAUAGGAAGCAUCGUUAACGUGAGUGUUGUUGGAAUAUUUAAUGUGUUACAUGUACGUAUGAGGUUAUAUUUAGCAGUCACUUUAAAGUAGAGGUCGUAUGAAGUCGUUCGACAAUUUCCCUUUUUGAAGUCGAAAAAACAUUUUAUUUGAUAUAGCAUUAAAUAUAGUCACAAGUUUUCAAUAGAUGUCAUAAAUUAUUAGCUCACGUCUAAUGUGUAACCGUAAAAUCGUUGAUAAAAUGUCUGUAUAUUAUGCCUCAGUCGUAAAUUCAUCAUUAGUAAUUCAUUAUAAUUGGCUGAAUGAUCAGUCAUUAGUUUAAAAAUAAUUUCACACAUAGUUAUUUAUGUAUUAGAUUGUAAGAAUACUUUAAGAGAGAUUAACAGCUAAUACCAUUAUCCUUAUAAGUAUUUCCAUGGUUUUAAAAACUUAGAUUAUUAGUUAUUAAGAAUAAAUUGUACAAACUACUUAUGUACAGAAUAGAAUUAUCCGAGAAAUUAAGAGAUGCUAAAGUGGCAGUGUGUACGUAGUAAAGGGAAAUGCAACGCGGGUGUUGUAAAUAUUUUAAGUUUCAAUGUGCACAUAGUCGCCUCCUUCAUUAUUAAAUUUUUCUAGAUCAAUUACUUCAUUCUUUUAUUUUAUGAUUUUUAAUGCUUCAUCUAUCUGAGAUGCAAAUAAUUCAACUUGGAAUACAAAAUAGCAGGUCUACUCUGUAAAACCAAUACCGAUUUCAAAUAAAAUAGAAUAAGAAAUUAGCAAUUCAACUUUCGAUGUAGUUAUUUUAAUAGAUGUUGCAAACUUGGAUUUACGUUGUACGAAAACGUAAAUAAGGAAUCGCUAUUGUGUAUAUGCUUGCUGUUCAUAAUUAUUUGUCUACAAGUAGUAAAUUGGUGAUUAAUCUCUCAUUCUCAUUCUCGCUCCCGUCUAUGUAAAUAAGGACAAAAACACUUAAAUGGUCACAAUGAAACAGGCGAAAUUUUUAAGUACGAUUUGAUUUUUAACAAGAUCUUGAAUAUUACCAUCUACAUAAUAUGGGUUAUGUAUCUUUAUUCUAAUAUGGAUUUAUUUUUACAGAGAAAACCAGAAGGUAUCGAUUGUAUUGUAUCUAAUCCGUUUUAUGCUAAUAAGUACAACUUUUCUAUGUAAAUAAGGACUGUAGAAAAAAUUGUAAAAUAUAUUAAACGAUUGAACUAU